AUGGAUACCGACACAUCUACUCUGGCGCUGCCAUUGAUUUCCGAGAAGGAUUACAUCAGCAUCUCAAUUCCACCAUCGGAAGUGCUCAAACAAGAAAAAGCAGAGGACGAAAAAACCAUUUACGAUUGUAAAGAGGAGCGACUUUCUGGCUUGCAGGGAUCUGGAAACUCUAUCACGCAUGCUCAAAAACACUCAAUGAAUAUCCCAUCACGUGGUGCAGAGGAUUCAUGGUCUUUCACCAUUGGACUUGGAUGUUUUGCCAUUAUAAUAUUUAUCUUGCUCUCUGCAACCUUCUGGUGGCAAACUCUCUUCAUCCUGAGUGAAGAUACUGGAACCUCGCCAGAUCAGUUGUUUACAAUAAUAAUCUGGGCCUCUGUGGUGGUCGGCUCUUUAUUUACUCUUUUGGCCAGAAAAGUGUUCAUCAACGGGAGGAGAACUGCCAGAAACAUAGAGCCGUCUUUUGUGGCGGAAACGAAGAUUAUUCCGACAGAUAUCUUGCUAGAGCACGUUACCACGAAUUUAUACCAACCCCCACAAUUUAAGUGGAAUGAAAUCGGGGAUAUAUGUACUUGCGAGUAUUUUGCCUAUAGUCUUGCGAACCCGUCCCAGCCCGUCGCCUCCGAGUUCUCACUGCGGUCAAUUCUUUUGCAAUCGCUUUUCGGCUACUUAUGCUGUGUCACUGUAGUCACCGCUCUAGGUUCUCUUUAUUUUGGUGUUCUUAUUCAACUAUUAUCUGGAGAACUGGAUGUUAUUUGGACAUUUUUUACUUGGGAUAUUGCACUCAUAGUUCAACUCUCUAUAAUGGCACAAAUGGCAGAUUUUUCAAGCGAACCGAGGAAACAUUGUUUGGAGGCUGAAGAAAAAGCGAUAAAGAGGGAAAAUAUCGAGCUGUGUAUUAGAGCUAUAUUCUACGGUGAAGAGAAUACCCCGGAGGAUACGAAGAAGGCGUGGGAGAAGUUCAUAAAGCCUAUCUUUGAUGCUAUCAUUCUAUAG